AUGAGUACAACAGCUCCUGGUCUUGGUUUAGACGUUGUGAACAUAGUCAACAAGCUCCAGGAUGUCUUUACGGCUGUUGGGAGCAGUGCAUCUCAAAUCGAUCUUCCGCAAAUUUGUGUGCUAGGAUCCCAGUCCAGUGGCAAGAGCAGUGUGCUUGAGAACAUAGUUGGUCGUGAUUUCUUGCCGCGGGGAACUGGCAUUGUCACUAGGAGACCUCUGGUACUGCAACUGAUCAAUCGACCUGUUCCUGCGACUGCCCCAGCUGGGGCUGUUAAGAUUGAUAAAGGGAACGAUCCUAACGCAAAUGAACAUGAAUGGGGAGAGUUCCUGCACCUUCCUGGCCAGAAAAUAUACGAUUUUGAUGCCAUACGGAAAGAAAUUGUUAGAGACACUGAAGCCAAAACUGGCAAGAACGCAGGGAUAUCACCAGUCCCCAUCAACCUACGGAUAUUCUCCCCGAACGUCGUCACUCUCACUAUGGUUGAUUUACCCGGUUUAACCAAAGUGCCCGUUGGAGAUCAGCCCCGAGAUAUCGAGCGACAAAUACGCGACAUGCUAAUGAAGUACAUUUCGAAACCAGGGUGUAUAAUCUUGGCAGUCACAGCAGCGAACGUUGAUUUAGCGAAUUCUGAUGGUCUCAAGAUGGCUCGAGAAGUGGAUGCUGACGGUUCUCGAACCAUUGGGGUUCUCACCAAAGUUGAUCUUAUGGAUACUGGGACGGAUGUAGUGGACAUCUUAGCAGGAAGAGUGAUUCCCUUAAGGCUGGGAUACGUGCCGGUUGUCAAUCGGGGACAACGAGAUAUAGAGACGAAUAAAACCAUCUCGGCCGCUUUGGACCAUGAGCGCCAAUUUUUCGAAAAUCAUUCAAGCUACAGAAGCAAGGCUGUCUACUGUGGAACACCAUUUUUGGCAAGAAAACUGAAUAUGAUCCUUAUGCAUCAUAUCCGAGCGACAUUGCCUGAUAUCAAGACCCGUAUACAACAACAACUGCAGAAAUACCAAGCCGAACUAGUAUCACUUGGAGGUCCACAUGGUGAUUCAUCGAGUAGCGUUGUACUCUGUACUAUUACAGAGUUCUGUCAAGAGUUCCGCCAUGUCAUCGAUGGUAGUAUGAAUGACCUUUCUCUCAAUGAGCUGUCGGGCGGCGCACGGAUAUCAUUCGUUUUUCAUGAGCUCUUCAACAACGGCGUCAAGUCUCUCGAUCCAUUUGAUCAGGUCAAGGAUGGAGACAUCAGGACUAUUCUCUAUAAUUCAUCGGGCCACACGCCUGCGCUGUUUGUGGGGACGACAGCCUUCGAAGUCAUUGUCAAACAACAGAUUCGCAGAUUAGAGGAGCCAGGCCUUAAGUGUUGUCAACUCGUCUAUGACGAACUAAUUCGGAUUCUUGGCCAGCUACUUAACAAAGUUGUAACAAUCAUUCAAGCGAUACCCGCCCUUCGUGAGAGGCUUAAUGCAGUUGUCAUUAAUUUCUUCAAGACGGCGAUGAUACCUACAAAUGCAUUAGUUUCUGAUCUCGUUGGCAUGCAGGCAGCCUAUAUCAACACCACCCACCCCGAUUUUCUUAAUGGACAACGCGCCAUGACCAUCGUUACUGAGCGUAUCAACGCCAGCAAACCCCCGCCCGCAGCACCAGAUCCGAAGAGUGGGAAGCUUGCACCGGGUCAGAUCAAUAACAAUAAGGAUUUGGACGUGGAAGCAAAAAAGGAAGAGCCUGGCUUCUUUGGCUCAUUCUUCCCCAGCAAGGCGAAGAAAAAGGUGGGGCCUGUGAUGGAAGCACCCCCGGCUGUCAUCAAACCACAGCUAGCCUUGAGCGAGAGGGAAACGAUGGAAACCGAGGUUAUCAAACUCUUGAUUCACUCCUACUUCAACAUCGUGAAGCGCGAGAUGAUUGACAUGGUCCCCAAGGCUAUUUCACUGAUGCUGGUUCAGCACGCGAAGGACAACUUGCAAAAGGAACUCCUUCAAGAGCUAUAUAAACCUGAGAUCUUGGACGAACUGCUCAAAGAAAGUGAAUUUGUUGUCAGCCGGAGGAAAGAAGUAACGUCGAUGUUGACUGCAUUGGUCAAGGCUGAAGAGAUUGUGUCUUCGGUGUAG